AUGGGUGUCAGGAACGGGGUCAGUGUCAGGAAUGAGAUCAGUGUCAGGAAUGAGGCCAGUGUCAGGAAUGGGGCCAGUGUGAGGAAUGGGGUCAGUGUCAGGAAUGAGAUCAGUGUCAGGAAUGGGGCCAGUGUCAGGAAUGGGGCCAACGUGAGGAAUGGGGCCAGUGUCAGUGUCAGGAACGGGGUCAGUGUCAGGAAUGAGAUCAGUGUCAGGAAUGAGGACAGUGUCAGGAAUGGGGCCAGUGUGAGGAAUGGGCGGGAGCGGCAGGGGCAGUGGCAGUGCAGUGGCAGCGGCAGCGGGAGAGGCAGUGGGAGUGGCAGUGGCAGUGGCAGCGGCAGUGGCAGUGGCAGCGGGAGAGGCAGUGGGAGUGGCAGUGGCAGUGACAGUGGCAGUGGCAGCGGCAGUGGCAGUGGCAGCGGGAGCGGCAGGGGCAGUGGCAGCGGCAGUGGCAGUGGCAGCGGGAGAGGCACGGGAGCGGCAGGGGCAGUGGCAGUGGCAGCGGCAGUGGCAGCGGGAGAGGCAUGGCAGUGGCAGCGGCAGGGGCAGCGGCAGUGGCAGCGGCAGUGGCAGUGGCAGCGGGAGAGGCAGUGGGAGUGGCAGUGGCAGUGGCAGCGGGAGAGGCAGUGGGAGUGGCAGUGGCAGUGGCAGCGGCAGUGGCAGUGGCAGCGGGAGAGGCAGUGGGAGUGGCAGUGGCAGUGGCAGUGGCAGUGGCAGCGGGAGAGGCAGUGUGGCAGUGGCAGUGGCAGCGGGAGAGGCAGCGGCAGUGGCAGCGGGAGAGGCAGUGGCAGUGGCAGUGGCAGUGGCAGCGGGAGAGGCAGUGGCAGUGGCAGCGGGAGAGGCAGUGGCUGGCAGUGGCAGCGGGAGCGGCAGGGGCAGUGGCAGUGGCAGCGGCAGUGGCAGUGGCAGCGGGAGAGGCAGUGGGAGUGGCAGUGGCAGUGGCAGCGGCAGUGGCAGUGGCAGCGGGAGCGGCAGGGGCAGUGGCAGUGGCAGCGGCAGUGGCAGUGGCAGCGGGAGAGGCAGUGGGAGUGGCAGUGGCAGCGGCAGUGGCAGUGGCAGUGGGAGAGGCAGUGGGAGUGGCAGUGGCAGUGA